AUGGAGGAUCCACCUGAGCCACAGCUUUUAAAGGAGGCUGACAACCUUAAAAGAAGACUUGAAGAGGAGACAAACAGACUAAAUGAUGGAGAAAUUACAUUUAUGAGUGAACACUUUGAUUCUAUUCCGACCGUUAAUAUUAAAGUUCGGCGUGUUUUGAAAGGCCACCAAGGAAAAGUACUAAGUCUUGCUUGGUCUUUGGACAAACGCCACGUUGUUAGUUCAUCUCAGGAUGGUAAACUUUUUGUCUGGGAUGCUUUAACAUCGUCAAAGGAAUUUUGCAUUUCAAUGCCUACAACCUGGGUCAUGGCAUGCACUUUCAGUCCUUCAAAUAGUUUUGUAGCCUGUGGAGGCCUGGAUAACAAAUGCACAAUAUAUCCAUUAUUGUCGGAAGAAGACCUCACCCUUCGAAAGAGACUCGUUGCUACGCACAGCUCUUACCUUUCUUGCUGUUUGUUUAAUUUAUCCGAUCAUCAAUUGUUAACUGGAAGUGGCGAUAGUUCCUGCAUUUUGUGGGAUGUCGAAUCGGCACAAAUGAUUCAGAGUUUCCAUGGUCACUCUGGUGAUGUUAUGUGCAUAGAUGGGUCACCCUCAGAGUGUGGACGAGUCUUUGUUUCAGGAAGUUGUGAUCGUUGCGCCAACGUUUGGGACAUGCGCAGCGGUCAGUGUGUUCAAGUGUUUCAAGGCCAUGAAUCGGAUAUUAACUCUGUUAGAUUUUUUCCCAGUGGCGAUGCAUUCGCAACUGCUUCUGAUGAUGCAACCAUCCGGUUAUUUGAUCUUCGAACUGAUCGUGAACUCUGUGUCUACAAGAAGGACAGUGUCAUUUUCGGAUGCAAUGCUGUUGACUUCUCCUUGAGCGGUCGACUGCUAUUUGGAGGCUACAACGAUCAUUCCCUCAACAUUUGGGAUACUUUAAAAGGAAAAAGAGUGUCCAUCCUCUACGGUCACGAAAACCGUGUUUCAUCGCUUCAUACCAGUCCUGAUGGUAACGCCAUCUGCACUGGAAGCUGGGACAGCACAUUGCGCAUCUGGGCGUAG